AGAUAUGCAAUCGCGUUUUCAGGUUUCGUAAUGUAGUGUGGCCAGAUAGCCUGGUGAUUACCCGUUGCCCUCGAAAUGACCUGCUUUGGGUGUUGCUUGGAGCGAGAUGAGGUGCCCGCCGUUUUCAACGAGCCUUUUAUUAAAGGAGGGUACAGACUCCCUAACCAGCCAUAUCUUUACUAUUUCAAAUCCUUAUUUUUUCAGCACAAUGAAUUGCUCAAUAUGUGGAGUGCCUUAAUUACAGUACUCUGUCAUGUUUAUCUAUUUCAAUACUGCCCAUUCAUUUCUAUCUUGUGGGUUCUGAACAUUUCUGGCCUGCUGAUACACAUUUUCAGCUUCUUGGCCCAUACUUUCGCUCACUUCACCUCGAAAGCACACAUCAGUUUCUAUUUGCUGGAUUUCAUGGGAAUUUACAUCGGGUUUUCACAGGUUAUACCCUCAUUCUUGAUACUACAUUAUGAUAUUCCGUUUUAUUUGGCUCUUAUAAUGGGGUCACUUGCUCUAACUUGGAAUUUAACAACCUUCUAUUUGUGUUGCCGGGAGUAUUACGUCAGCUGGGAACCGUGGUUUGGCGGCGGUUCUUGUGAGAAGAAGAAGCCCCGUGUCUUGACUUUCGUGAGGAGAGGUACCUGGCUGUAUGCAGUAGUAUGGAUUGCAAUGAUGGUGAAAAUGGGCUUCUACCCACCGCCCAGUGGAUCGUUCUAUUGUCACCUACUAGCUAUUAUGUCAUUGGUUAUGGAGUGCUUCAUAUUGACGUGCAGAUGUCCGGAAAGAUGGUAUCCUGACUACUUCGAGGCAUUUCGAAGCCACGCGUUCACUCACGUAUGUGCAGGGGCUGUCACGGUUGGCCUUGUCAUGGCAUUUCUGCAGGACAGAAGUGCAUGGUCACGUGAUCACUAUUUUAGAGGAGAAUUCAUUCUUUGUUUACUCAGUGUUACUAAUAUAUCCUGCUGCUUCAUGCUGGCAUACAGAACUCUCACUAAAAUCUAUCAUGCUUCUGAAAACUAAUCUAUUUAUACUGCCUGUUUAAAGCAAUUUUAACUGAUUGCUUUCUCAUAGUCAAUGAAUUUAGUUUCAACUUAGUUCUAAUUUGAAAAUCAAUAAAUACAAUUUGUCCAAUAGUUGAUAUUAAUAAUUGCUUGAUUCAAUGAACUUCAAUCAACAUGGUACCACUUCUAUGAUGCUAUGUAGAUGAUAUUCAAAUAACAUGAAUUUGUUAUCACAACUGCGAUUCAUGCACUGUGUAACUGAUCUGAUUUGUGCUUAGCAUUCUCAAAUGACUCGUUCAACUGUUUUAUGGCUCGCAAAAGAAAUUAGUUGGGAGCAGCAAGAUGUUCAUGAGUUGUAUAGUAGCUGCUGAAGGGCUUAUUGGACGUUUUUGUUUUGACUUUCGAUACGAAAGUAACGGAAUAGUUGUUUGUGCUCGGGGUUGGUUUUUUUCUUCAGACAAUUUCGACUUUUUACUAGCCAUUUUUGACGGAUGUUUUUAAUAUCAUUCGAAAGGUAUUGUGUCUUGAGCUUAAAUUUGAAAAAAUAUUUCACCUGUGAUAAUUUUUCGCAAAGUUAUAGGGGUUUAAAGAUUGCCAUUUUGGCCGAUUUGGGACAAUGAAAGCGCGAUAUAUUUCGCCCUACGCGUAAGCGGACAUUAAUCCGUCUUAAAAAUCGCUCCAAAUUGGUUGAAAAUAGCUUAUUUGCCAGAAUUGAUUUGUUACAAGGAGCGAAAUCUAACCUUCUGAACUUAAUAUGGCGUGUGGGGGAUGAUUUUCAUAAAAAAUAUCAAAUUUUAGAAAAAUUUUUGUAGUAAUAUUAUAAAAAAUUAUAUAUAAAAAAUAUUUUAUUACAUUUGAUUUUUUAGGUUAUUACUGCUCCAUAAACCUUAAAAGGCAGUCGGAACAUUCAAUUUCAGAUUUUCCUUACCGCAGUGAUCUGAAAUCAAGGCUAGAAAAUGACUGUUUCGUUCUGUAUUCUCAUUCAGUCUUUGUAAACAUGAGUUACAGGGCACAUUUCUGGAGUGUCUAAGCUACAAAUGAACAAUUCAGUUCUUAACUGCCCGGCUAAAAUUGCAGGAACACAAAUUGCAAUAAAAUCAUCACAGCUUUAAAUUAAUCUGCUUGUUAUAAUGUGUGUACUUUGAUUGAAAGUUGUAUUCAAUAGAGAGUUAAUUAAAUUAAAUAUUGUUCAACAAA